AUGGCUAGUCUCGACGAUCUGAAGCCCGGAGUCGAUCCCGACAGGCCUGUUCACAUCGUCUUUGUUGGCGCCGGGGCUGUGGGGUGUUUCUACGCCUCGAGGCUCCACCACCCCACCCACAACAUCCACGUCUCGCUCACUGCCCGCUCCAACUACAAAGCCCUCACCGAGAACGGCGUCCGUCUGCAAACGCACACCUUCGGUGACUACACCUUCCGCCCAGACCAUGUCUUUCCCUCAGUCACCGCCGCUGCGGCCGGCUCUCGCCAGUGGGACUACAUCAUCGUCACCACCAAGGCUCUGCCCGACCGCUCAGACGACAGCGCCCUGAUCGCCCCUCUUGUCGGCCCCAACUCGUGUAUCGUGCUGAUCCAGAAUGGCGUCGGCGUCGAGCAGCCCUACCGCGCCCGGUUUCCCACUAACCCCAUCGUUAGCGCGGUCACUAUCAUCUCGGCUGAGCAAACUUCGCCCGGUACCAUCCGUCAAAACCGCUGGACUCGCAUCCAUCUCGGCCCCUACUCCAACUCAGCCUCCUUUUCUUCUCCCUCCUCCAACACCCCCGCCUACCCCCGAGGCGACGACACGACCGGCGCUCUCCUACCUACCGGAGCCUCAGCCUCGGCCUCAACUGCCUCUUCCCAACCCGCAGCCUCAUCAAACCCUACCGACAAUGAUGACGACGAACAUUCGCCCACGGCGAUCCUCCAGCGCACCGGUGCCCACCGCGCGGCCCUCCUCUCCGACUGGUGGACCCGCCUAGGCCAAAUCCGCGACGUCGACCUCGCCGCCGACGAGAUCGCGCUGCAAACCGUCCGCUGGCACAAACUCUGCAUCAACGCCGCCUUCAACCCCUCCGCUGUCCUCUCCGGCGGCCGCGGCAACGCCGACAUGGUACGCGACGCUGAACUGCGCGCCCACCUGGCCGGCGUGAUGCGCGAGAUCUGGGCGGCUGCGCCGCGGAUUUUGGGAAGGGAGUUCCCCGGGUAUAUGGCCGGGCCGGAAAAGAUUUUGAAGAGUACGGAGAGGAAUGUGGGGAGUAAACCGAGUAUGUUGUUGGAUUGGGAAGGGGGGAGGCCGAUGGAGGUGGAGGUUAUUUUGGGGAAUCCGGUAAGGAUUGCAAGGGCUAGGGGGGUGGAGAUGCCGAGGUUGCAGACGGUUUAUGCCUUGGUGAGGAGUUUGCAGGAGGUCAGGGAGGGGAAGAAGGCGAGGGAGAAAGGGAAGCUAUGA